CCUUCUCUUCCUUUUCUCCUUCUCUUUUUCUCUCCUCCUUUCCCAUCUUUUUCAUCGAAAAUCCAUCCAAUUUUUCCUCCUACUUAUCAAACUACCGACUUGUUCCCUGGUCCCGCAUAAAAAAAUCACCCUCGGCCCCAUCCCAGGCUUUAAAACAUGACUUCUAGAAAGAGGAAGCAAGACGAGGAGGAGGAAGAGCUCGUUGCACUUCCCAGUGAUGAGAGUGAAGAGGAAGAAGAAUACAUCUCAGAAGGCGAUGAAGACGAUGAUGCCGAUGAUGUCGAGGAUGACGAAGAAGACUAUGACGAAGAGGGCGAGCCGGAAGAGGAGCAGGGGCACGGCCACAGCAACGGCAAUGGUACUAGUAAUGGCAAUGGUGUAAAGCAUGCAGCCGCGCCACCCCAAGCUCCCCCAAAGAAGAAACUAAAGACGGCUAAUGCUCCCGUCGAGCCUGUUCCUGUCGCCGACAAUGGCGUCGAGGAUGAUGGUGAGGAGGAGUUUGACGAAGAUGGCCUUGGGGAAGAAGAUGAGCUUGAGCUUGAGGAAGAAGAAGAUGGAUUUGAAGAUGAAAUUGAUGGCGAGGGCGAAGGCGAAGGCGACGAAGAGGAGAAUGGCGUUGAUGAACCCAAGAAGCUAGGCAUCGAUGUCGACGUGCCCGCCAAAGUAAAGGCGCAACUGGCAACAGAAGUUGCUGCUAACGGCGAGGAGGCCGAAGAUUAAGCAUAUCGGCAUCUCACAUCGGGUAGCUCGGGCCAGAACAUGUCCCCUGACAUACUCCCUCAUACUUAGGCCUUGCACCAGGCUAGAAUCGUGAGCCG